AUGUCUACAAUGGUUGCACUGGAGGAGUCUCUGCUACUCCAGGCAUAUCGGACCCUGUGUGGUGUCUAUGUGGGUCACCAAUGUCCACCGGUGAUCACAAUGUUUAGCCGGAACGAUAUCCUGGAGCUUGCGUCCAAGCAUCUGGAGCCGGCGUCUUAUGAGGUCAUGGUGCAAUAUGCGGCGACUCUCGACAGGCACCUCAACUGCGAUGUGGUGAUUGACUUUCCCAAGCCGGUUGGCUCGCUUAGUCCGAAGGCUACAGAGGCUGAGCAGCUUGCCUGGCAUUAUCUGGUGGAAGGCAGUGGCUCUAUCUGGGCCUCUGUGCGGUCUGUCGUGCCGAAGCUUCCCUUUGACAGGGACACUCGAAAGUUCUCCAAAGGCUUCAUCUGCACGUUGGGGCUUAUGGCGAAGAGGGGUACACAUGGCCUUACCCGCCAAACAGGAGGACAUCCUAAUGUCUGCAGGCUGAUCAAUCAGCUUGUUUUGGCUGUUUGCCCGGGCCUACGGUGGAGCAGCCUUACUAUUACCCUGGAUAACCUGUGCCAGCCGCAUACUGACAUGGGAAAUUGGUUGGGUGAUAGCCUUGCCUUGGGGCUCAGUCAUCAUGAUGCUGGAGGUCUCUGGAUUGCACAUCCACAAGGAUGUGACUUUGUCGAAGCCUCCCAUGUCUGCUGCAUCCAGUGCCUGCGCUUCGGCCUUAUCGCUGGAAAUGAUGAAUGCAUUCGGGACGUUGCCGUGAUGUGCAGCGUCGUGAUCGGGCAAGUGUUCAUGAGGGACCACAGGGGCUACUGGAGCGGCGGUCCCAUCGGCAACCACGGCGACUUCGGUAGCUGGAGCUGGGGCAUUGGUAGUACCCACGGCCUGGAACACUGCUUGGCCUACUCCCGUGGCAAUGACUGCCUGUCCCCGCAACGUAUCGACUUGGACGAUAUGGCGAUCGUGAGU